AGACCAAAAAGAAUUCAAUAUGGCCUCUUCUCGUGCUGCACGUGUCUGUGCAAGAAAUGCACUAAAAAUUUUCAAUUUCAAACCUUCUGAAAACUCAGUGAAAUGUGAAUCGCGAUUGAUACAAGUAUUAAAAGGUUCAACCAGUUCUAGUGGAUCUCUGUCCCCCUUGAGCAUCUCCAGCAAGUCAAGACGAGUCUUUCUCGCUGUUAAUAAAAGAUUCAACUGUGACAAGUCUAUCGUUGAAAGUAUAACUCGUUCGUCCACCCCCAUCAGCAAUGUGUUGGCUUCAGGAAACACAUCAUUACUUAUAACUUUGUGUUCAGCUCUUGAUGAGCUUUCUACCGAAGGUGAUGAAGACUCAACAAAUAGGAAGAAACGUAUAUAUCUUGCUGGACGAUUGAACGACGAUCCAUAGAUCUAGAUGAGUCGCACAGUUGUGUUUUAUAUUGGAUAUUUUAUGAGCUACAGGUGUAGCAAUUUGAUGUAAUUUUUAAUCAAAAUGCAUGGAUCUGUGCUUACAUAGUUUUUGAUUAACUAUUUAUGUCAUGUGGUUCAUUACUGGUGGUAAAAAAAUUUUAGAAAUUGAAAA